AUGGGGUAUGCUUUAAACCAACCAACAUUUCAUUACUAUCGGUCUGAGAUUGGCAUGGCAAAUGCUGAUGCUUUGAGGUGGCUUGACAAUAUUCCAUCCGAAAAAUGGACGAGGGCAUUUGAUGGGGGUCGACGUUGGGGUCACAUGACUACCAACCUUGUUGAGUCAUUGAAUGUUGCCUUUAAAGGCAUGCGUAAUUUUCCCAUUACAGCAUUGGUAAGUGCAACAUAUUAUAGGUUGGGAUCUUUAUUUGCUGAAAGGGGUGCAAAGUGGAGUGCUGUGUUGAAUUUUGGACAAACAUUUACAUAUAACUGCCUCAAGGUGAUGAAACAAGAAACAACAAAAUCCAUCACACAUCAAGUCAAAAUUUUUGACUACACUAACAAUGUUUUCAGUGUGAAGAAGACAAUGGACCAUAGUGAGGGGAAGCAUAUGGGACAUUAUAAGGUCAACCUCUUAAACGGGUUCUGUGACUGCGGAAAAUUCAAUCAUAUCGCGUCCCUUGCUCACAUGUUAUCGCUGCAUGUUCGAAUGUGCGCCACGAUGCUUAUGCUCUUUUGUUCGACGUUUAUAGGGUUACAAACCUGUUUGGGGUUUAUAGUACAAGCUUUCUAG